AGUGCUGCAGACUUUCAGAGUAAAUUACACACGAGAACAGGAACCUGGAGCUUCUCUCCAUACCGCUCAGGAUAGAGGGAUAGAGAUAGAGAGAGAGAGAGAGAGAGAGAGAGAGAGAGAGAGAGAGAGAGAGAGAGAGAGAGAGAGAGAGAGAGAGAGAGAUAGAGAGAGAGAGAGAGAGAGAGAGAGAGAGAGGAUGGGCGGCAGAGAUCAGCGCGUGUCCCCGGUGAAGAACUUCGUGGCAGGUGGAGUCGGGGGCGCGUGCCUGCUGCUCGCCGGACAUCCGCUGGACACCAUCAAGGUUCGUCUGCAGACGCAACCCAAAGCCCCGUGCAGUCAGUAUGUGAUGUACACAGGAACGCUCGACUGCUUCCGCAAAACUCUGUCCAGAGAGGGAGUGUUGGGUUUCUAUAAGGGAAUGGGAGCUCCGCUGGCUGGAGUUGCCCCCAUGAUGGCCAUCAGCUUCUUCGGAUUUGGACUUGGAAAGCAGCUUCUCCAGAGCGACUCGUCUGUUCCAGUCACAUCCACACAGAUGUUCAUUGCUGGAAUGUUUGCCGGAGUUUUCACCACAGUGAUUGUAACUCCAGGAGAGAGGAUCAAGUGUCUGCUUCAGGUGCAGUCCAGCAGUGGGCAGGUGAAAUUCUCCGGGCCUGUGGACUGUGCAGUCAAACUGUAUAAAGAGCACGGCAUCCGCAGUGUGUAUAAGGGAACUGUCCUCACACUCAUUAGAGAUGUUCCUUCUACUGGUUUCUACUUUUUAACUUAUGAAUACCUCAAAAAUCUGCUCACUCCUGAGGGCGAGAGUGUGGACCGACUCAGCACUUCAAGAAUUCUUCUGGCAGGAGGAACUGCAGGAAUUGUGAACUGGGUUGUUGCUCUUCCACCUGAUGUCCUCAAAUCUAAUUUCCAGACAGCUGCAGAUGGACGGUACUCAGGAUUAGUGGAUGUAUUGAGAACAUUGCUGAGAGAGGAAGGAGCCAGAGCACUGUAUAAAGGCCUGAGUGCCGUCAUGCUACGAGCCUUUCCUGCUAAUGCGGCGUGUUUUUUGGGAUUUGAAGUUGCUCUGAAGUGUUUAAACUGGCUCGCUCCAAACUGCUGACCUCGACAUGACCUCCAACUGCUGCUGAUGUUCUGCCUGAAGAGGAUCUUUUUUAUCACCUGAAAGAAAAAUUUCUCCCAGAACAGUAGAGACCAGUAGAGACCAGUAGAGAACAGUAGAGACCAGUAGAGAACAGUAGAGACCAGUAGAGAACAGUAGAGACCUGCACCUCGUAAUCCUCCUGAGAAUCAUUUCUUCUGUUAUCAAAAAGAUAAGAUGUAUUAAUUAUUGAUCAUUUUCACACUGUGCAUUAUAAUACAUCAUUAUUACACUUAUUACAUUUACAUCAGUCUAUUCUGUUUUAAAUGCACA